AUGUCCGACUCUACAGCUAAAUUCGGUGACAUCCAAAAUGAAGGAGCUCAGCGCCGACGAUGGAUCGCCAACCCAAGCGAGCCCGGUUGCUACAUUGAAAAAUCCACAUUGACAUUUCACGAUCUAGUAAACAGAUACAAUUCAGGACUAAUUACCACCGAUAGAGUGGUUUUCUCCCAGGAAAUCGAUGACCACGUAUUGGAGAAAAUUAAAGAACUUGAAAAAAGCCGAAAGGUCAGUUCUGACCGCUCGAAAUAUGCAACUUUCGAUCUCAACGGCCAUGAUUUUAGCUGGUCAGGUAUCAUCGGACCGGGUAUCAUUGUUCUCUCUUCUAUCUUCCGCGUGAAGAAGGAGCCAGGUACCCAGGUCAGGGAUAUGGAUUUGCCUAGGAUCACAGCCUCUGCUGUGACGCAGGCCUUUUACACACGAGACUUCGACAUUGAAAGUUUGCGGUGCAUUUUUGUGAGUUUUGUUAUUAACAAGAGUACUAUUGAGUUUAUCACUGAACAGCUUUAUGAGAAUGCUACUUGGGCUGAUGAUGUUCCAAGGACUUGGGAGUAUGGUACGCCGGAGUAUGACGGGUUGAUUGGGACUCGUAUAGGUAGAGUUAUUGCUUACUUUGUUCUAGGGGCUUAUGAUCGAGGUACGCAUCGCAUUUCUAGUAUUGUUACUUACCCAUGCCCAACAGGUGGUGUUCAUAUGCGCUUUGAUAUUGAGGCUAUUUAG